UAGAACAAAUAUGGCAGGCUGACUUUAGUUUUUAAGUCUCAACUUGUAAGGGAGUGAUUUGGUGAAUUACUUAUUGGUACAGAAUUCUGUGUACAUCCAGCUCCAUACAGUGAGUGACAGACCUGAGCUCAGGGUUCCGUUCCACUGUGAUGUCAUGCGGCGGAACUGAUGACAUCACAGAGCCUAUAAAAGGCAGUUGAGCCAGAGCAGCUAAACAGAAUACAUCACAGAGUUUGACUGACACUGACUGACGUCUGAUUUUACACAGAGAAAGACAUGGCCACUAAGAAAGAGCUGCAUAGCUUGGGCUACAAUGUUUUGCACAAAAUUGGCCAAGGGGCAUUUGGUGAAGUUAAACUUGCCCAAUCUGAAAAGCACCCUGACAAGGUCGCGAUUAAAAUAAUAAACAACAAGUGCAUACCGAAGUAUGCUUAUCAACAAUGCAUGUUCUACGAAGUGCCCAUCCUGAAGUACUCUAAACACUCUCACAUCGUACAUGUGCACGACAUUCACAUCAGGGCCAGUGGGCACAUUUUUAUUGUAAUGGAGGCUGCAGCAAUGGAUCUUGCUGAAAAGAUCAGACAGCUCAGCCGGAUUCCCCCCGACCAGGCCAGACUGUGGUUCUUGCAGCUUACCAGCGCCAUGGUCUACCUUCACAAUAAGAACAUUGCACACAGGGACCUGAAAUGCGGUAACAUCCUACUGACCGCUGACAACCAGGUCCGACUGACCGACUUUGGUCUUGGGUGCUACACACUAGGCUUUCCUGUCCUUCGAAGUACGUGCUGUGGAACUCCUCUGUACAGCGCUCCGGAGGUGCUGAAAAAGGAGCCGUACGACGCCAAAAAGAGCGACGUGUGGAGCAUGGGUGUCAUUCUUUACAACAUGCUCACCGGCUCCCUGCCCUUCUUUGCAAUUACGUGCAAAGGUCUCCGCCGUGUUCAGCUCAAACCUCUGAAAUACCCACGUAAAAUCAAUGUGGAUGAGCCGUGUCGGGAUCUGAUCUCCUCCAUGAUGAGCUACUUUCCCUUCUGCCGGCCUGAGGUGGCGGCCCUGGAACAGCACCCCUGGCUGCAGCCGAAGGAAGAGCAGAAGGAAACUGAUGAUGAGACUGCAGCUGCAGACACACCUCCAACUGUAGCCGAAACACCUCCAGAGGAGAAAGAACCGGAAACUCCAGAAGGUCAAACUACAGAGAAGACUGACGAUCAGCAGACGCAGCGUCAGGAGCAGCGGGAUGUGCCAAAGGAUGAUUUGGAACAGAAAACCAGCAGAGUUUCUACCAAUGAAUUUCCUGCGACAGCUGUCAGUAAAGAGGAGGAGGAUAAGCAGGAGGAAGAAAGAGGAAUCAACGGCAGUCAGCGAAUAGAGAAGGACUCAAUUAGGAAUGGAGAGACUGUGGAGGAUUCGAGCGCUCCUGGCUGUUGUGCAUUUUUGACUGCGGUUAAAAGGGCAGUGAAGGCUCGCGUGGUAGCGCAGAUUGUCCGAGGCUCCUGUGCUCUCCAAAAGAAAAUCAAAAAGAUGUUCAGAAAGAAAAAGCACCCCAACCCUUCCAAUGUUACUAUCACCAUCUAUGGGUAACCUCACAGACACAGAACUCCAUGGGCUCCAUGGGCUGCUGAUGGAAGCAGAACCAAUGCUCCCACAGCCCAAAGUGAAGCCGGAGACCAGCAAAUCAUUUUGCCUGAUAUUGAUUUAGCAUGUGACCCUCAAUUUUAAAAUGCAGUCAGGGAGAAAGUUCCAAACCAAUUUUUUUAGGUACUUCUUAAGUUUUAAAGCUACAAUACUAAUUUAUGUUAGAUUAAUUAUCAUCCACAGUCCUGAUUAAAAAAAAUAAAAGUGCUACUGUUUAUUUAGUGUUCAUAUUUGACCCCAUAUAAAAUAGCCUUGCAGCACAGAGAUCAAAAAGUGCUCCUGAAAUAGUGAGCACAAAUGUGAUCUGCAGCAGAGAUAUCAAAGGUAGCACCAGGACUAGUGCUUAAUAGAGUUAAUUCGACAGUGCAAUUAGUGUUACUUCAGAUAAACAGUGCUGUAACUGGUACUGUAGCCCUCCCAUAAGGAGGGGGUGGUGGUGGGCCAAAAGUAAGUAAAUAAAUAAAUAAAUAAAUAAAUAAAUAAAUACUGUAAAAUUAGUCAUGUGCAGAAUUUCAGUUACUCAGAUUUACUGGUUUACCAGUUACAGAUUUAUUGUAACUGGUACUGUAGCCCUCCCAUAAGGAGGGGGUGGCGGUGAGCCAAAAAUAAAUAAAUAAAUAAAUAAAUAAAUAAAUAGUUUAGUUAGUGUAAAAAUAGCCGUGUGCAGAAUUUCAGUUACUCAGAAUUACAGUACUGUAACUGGUACUGUAGCCCUCCCAUAAGGAGGGGGUGGCGGUGAGCCAAAAAUAAAUAAAUAAAUAAAUAAAUAAAUAAAUAAAUAGUUUAGUUAGUGUAAAAAUAGCCGUGUGCAGAAUUUCAGUUACUCAGAAUUACAGUACUGUAACUGGUACUGUAGCCCUCCCAUAAGGAGGGGGUGGUGGUGGGCCAAAAAUAAAUAAAUAAAUAUUGAAAACGUAACUAGUACUGUGUAAAUUAAUAGUAGAUCAAAACAUAGUUGUGAAGAGUGAUGUGUUUAACCCUCUGUAAACAAUUAAGAACAAUCUCCAACAUAAACAGACAGUAUUAUAAACUCUCUAAAUAAAAAUAAAGUCUUAAUUGUCCAACUG